AUGCGCCACUUGACGUGGAAGCUUCUCAUAUUGGUCGUCUGCCUGACAGCGAGCGGUCUCGCAAGGCCGGACGUAUCGCAUCUCUUCAAGAAGACCGGUGGCGGUGGUGGUGACAAGCAAAAACGGCAAAACUUCAUCGAAACAUCGGUCGCGGUUAGUGGGAAUGGAUCGGCGGCAACGGUGGCUGAGAUUAGGUCGAAUGAUGCAGCAGUAGUCGAAGGUCCGGCGGUGCGAAUCAUGCUGUUCCCCCUGGAGGACAACCAACCGUCACCGUUCCGUCGGUUGGAGGAUCGUACGGGCUAUAACUACGACAAACCGGACGCACCGCUCGAUGUGCAUCCUGAUUCGAACCUGGUAAGUCCCGUAUCAACCCAGGCCCCCGAGUAUCUACCCCCAGAGGUAGGCGAUGAGACGGUGAACGUUGAUGAUAUACAGCUGCCGAGUAAACCUUAUCCGAGUUCGACGACAACGACGACGACACCCGGAACAACACGUACUACAACAACUAGGACGACCACCACCACGACUCCGGUAACGACAACAACAACUAGUACCACGACUGGAGCACCUUACACCACCAAUGCGAUCGCGAGUACACCACAAGAAUUCGACGGUGAAGAGGGUUACGGUUACAAGAAGCCCGAGAUCAUGCUGCCAACGAACAUCAACGAGGUGAUUGGUGAGCCGAUCGAUAUCAAUCAGCUGGCGACGACGACGGAACCAACCACGACGACCACAACACCGCGAGCAUCGCUCGAGUAUCUACCACCGAAGCCCAAACCGGAUCUCGAUGCACCGAAAAGUCCUAGCACCGUCGAACCGUUCACGGAGACCACGACCACGGGUCAGCCCCAAUCGUCGACGACGUACUUCUUCUCGAUCGAAACGUCGACGCAGUACCCGAAGCUGCCGGAAGUAGUUCCAUCGGUCUACCCGGAUGCCUCCGGGUCCGUGUCGAGUGUGGUGCGACCACAACCAACCACGGAAGUCCCAUCGACAUCGGCACCGGAGUAUCUACCACCGGACGAGACCGCUGGCUUCCAGAUUAUCGUGCGCACUGGAUCCGAUGAUGUGGAGGAAGCAACAAGUGAUGCAAGUACCACCGUCGCUUCUACGACCGUUACUCAAUUCACUGAGCCAAGCACAACCGUGGCGCCCGCCGCACCAGAAGUCGAUAGUCUUGUGAGGGAAACUUCUACCGUGCAGCAGGAAUUGGAGCAAACGUUCACCACCACCACCACCACCACGACGACCACGACGCCAGAGGAACCAUCUACAACGGAAGACACAUCGUCGAUGGUUUCGCUGAUCAACCAGCUACAGGAGAUGCUCCAGAUUGCGGCCCAGGCAGAAGGAUUCGCACCAGAGGUACGCUUCAACGAAGAGGAAGAGACAGCGACCAGCACAAGCGUGGCGCCUUCCACGAGCUACACCACCAUCACCGCUAGUUCGACAGUGACAACGGUACAGCCGACUACUGCCGUGACGGAGCCCUCAUCAACGGAAAUCCCAACGACGGAACCCUCGGAGACACCGUCGCCGCCACUGGAGUCUAGAAUAUCCCCCGAUGAACCUUCGGGCCCAUCGUUGAUCGAUCUCCUGUCCCCAGCGAUCACUACGAUGCUCGGGAGCACAACGGCAAACGAUACGAUCACCACCUACCGGCCACAGGUUGGCAUUUCCGAUGCGAUCCAACCGACAACGACGAAGGCGAUCCCUGGUCCCGAGGUACAGGAAUCGAAUGCCGAUGAGACGGAGGUGCAGCCAAGGAUAGCGGAUCCGAACGAUGGUUACAACUAUCAGACGCCGGACAACAGUUUCACCGUACCGACGAUGAUGGUUGCACCAUCGCACACGCUCGAAGCCGAUGGCUAUCACUACAAAGUUCCUUCAGUGCCGUUCCCGUAGACCGUCGACGAGACGCACAUCACCUCUUCAGUAU